AUGAAAGUCGUCGAAGACCCAAGUAAGCUGGACGAUAUUUCAUCGAGGUACUCGCACAUCUUCCGAAGGAAGGCCACCUGGGAGCUAGUCCUCCUUAGUGGCGCCGUGUGCGGGAUCGAGCUCUGUAUCGCUGCCGAAACAGCAUUCAUCGGCCCCAUCCUCCUGGAGCUCGGCCUGCCCAUCUCCGCUUUCGCCCUGACCAUGUGCCUGGGCUCCUCACUGGGGUUCUUCGUCACCCCGCUCCUGGGCUCUCUCAGCGACACCUGCAAAUGGCGCAUCGGGCGCCGACGUCCCUUCAUCAUCCUGCUCUCCGCCGGAAUGUUCGCCGGACUGCUGUUCGUUUCGAACGGGAAGGAAAUCGGCAUCGCCCUCGGCGACUCGUACAUACCCCGCAACUUGAGCCUGACCAACGAAGAAGGUAGUGUCCAGCCGGCGAACUGGGGCAUCGCCUCCAUCGUGGUCGGGUUCGUGCUUCUGGACAUCUGCUGUGACGCCUGCCACUCUCCGUCCAGGAGCUACGUCCUUGACGUCACCAUUGCGACAGAUCACGUGAGGGCCCUGACCACGCUCACGGUGCUUUCUGGUCUUGGCGGCUGCUUGGGCUACGUCCUGGGUGGUAUCAACUGGGAAAAAACCGCUUUGGGAGCGAGCAUGGGAGGCCACGUCAGAACCGUGUUCGCCAUUGUCGGUGUGAUGUUCAUCAUCUGCGUCUUUGGUACGUUGACCAGUUUCAGGGAGAUGCCGUUGCACAUUGCGAAGCAAGCGGAAUCUGCGAGCUUUUUCGGGGGUCAGGGCGGCCACUAUACAGGAUUCCAGGACGAUGAUUUUGAUGGCGAGAGCGUAGAACUGACGAAGUUGAGGCCGAGUGCCAAGCUCGAACAAUCGGAUGGCUCGGGCCCGACACUGAAAAGCUACCUCAGGUCUAUCAUUUUUAUGCCCAAGUCGCUGCGGAUCUUGUGCAUAACCAACCUUUUUUCUUGGAUGUCGCUCGGGAGCUUCUCCUUGUUCCUCACCGAGUUUGUCGGUGCCGUCGUGUACGAGGGCGACCCCGUGGCACCCAAGGAGUCCGUGUCUUUCGAACUGUACCAGGAAGGCGUGCGGCUCGGAUGCUUCGGCCUCGCCUUGUACUCCGUGUCCUGCGCCUCCUACUCGCCCUUCAUUGAGGGACUUGUGCUCAGGUUCGGUGCCAAGCGGGUGUACGUGUGUGGCCAGCUGGCGUACACCGUCGGGGUGGCGCUCAUGGCCCUGAGUCGUACCAGGGCUGCCGUGCUGCUGUUGUCGCCCACCGCGGGUCUCAUGUACGCCACCCAGUACACCAUGCCCUUCAUCCUGGUGGCGCACUACCACGGCUCGCACAUGUUGGAACAGUCGGCGGACUGGUCUCAUCGUGGCCUGGGCACGGACGUGGCCAUCGUGAGCAGCAUGAUGUUUCCGGCACAGCUGCUGCUCUCCCUGUGCGCGGGGCCGCUGGUGGGCCUGGCAGGAGGCUCGGUCACGGCCAUCAUGUGCGGUGCGGCCGUGCUCAGCGCCUGCGGAGCUCUUUCGGCCACCUGGGUCACCUACCAUAACCUCUGAAGGAACUGACUCCGUGGUGCGAUCAUUGCGCCAGGCUUCACCAGUGGCAGGGACGCUAACCCGCUUCAAAAUGCU